UUUCCCACCCCCCCCGAGCCCCCAGGCCGCUUGACUCUUUAAACUCCUUCGUUCUCUUCCCGGACUGCGUCCGUCAGACUGCUACAUUCUCUUCUCAACUUCUCUCUGUGCCAGAGACGUUGUUGCUGCCUUCCUUCUUACAUCCAGUCGCUCUUUAAACCCGCAGCUUUAAGCUUGCACGCUCUUGCGAAUCGAUUUCGCAUCACUCUCUUUGAGUCUCUCCCCCCGCAGUCUCUACCCUCACCACCACUACCACCACCACCACCAAAAUCGUCAGCUUCCGCUCCUCCAUCCCCCACAAUGCAGCUCACCACCAAGGUCUCCGUUGCCCUCCUGGGUGCCUUCGCCGCUGUCGGCGAGGCCAACAACCACGGCUUCCACGCGCGUAACCUCAACUUCCACCCCAAUGGCUACAGCAACGAGACCGUGUCGACCUCCUACGUGUCUGUGUACCCGACUCCCCUGAAGUCCAGCCCGGCCGUGGCCCCCGUUGCUGCCAGCUCCGUCCCCCACAUCCAGCCUGCUGGCUCCUCGUCCGCUGCUGUCUUCCCCUCGUCCGCUGCCGUGUCGUCCGCUGCUCCCUUCGCCUCGUCCGCGGUCACCUCGGCCCCCGUGCCCCUCAGCACCGGCGUGUACAGCAGUGCCUCCGCCCCCAUCUCCGCCGCCGCCUCUGCGGCUGGCACCGGUGGCGAGUCGGUCUCCACUGAGUACGAGACUGUCACCUCCACCAAGGAUGUCACUCUCACCUACACCCUGGGUACUGGUGCCUCCAAGACCGUUGUCACCACCACUAUCCACCGGACCGUGACUGACGUUGAGACCGUCUACGUGACCCCCUCGGCCUCUGCGUCCUCCACUGCCCAGGACACCACGGUCACCUCGACCUCCACGGCCUACGCGACCUACACCCUGUUCGCCGUCCCGUCCUCCUCUGGCGCCGCUAGCUCCGGCUCUGUUGUUUCCGCCAGCGCCAGCCACGGCGACAGCUGCGCUCCCGUGACCGUCACUGUCCACGACACCGUCACUGUGACCGCCACCCCCACCGCUGCCUCCACCCCUGACAGCAUCGUCAAGAUCGCCGAAGUCAGCUCCGAGUCCAGCGCCGCGGCUGAGGCCACCACCCAGGCCGAGACCACCACCCAGGCCGAGACCACCACCGUGGCCCACAACGGCACCUUCCCUCACGCCAGCGGCAUCGCUCGUCCCACUGGCUUCCAGACCAGCAGCAAGGCCCCCGCGUUCCCCUCUCACUUCCGUCGUGUCUAG